AUGGCUAAUAUCGUCGGAAAUCCACACGAGCUCUUCGGUUAUACAAGUGGACGAUGGAUUUGGGACGAAAAAGAGCAGCUUCGAGAGAGGUAUCAUGAAUUUGAUAUACUCGAACUGCAGAAAAUUGCCAUGGAGUCGGCAUCCUCUGAGUCCUGUGUCAAAUGUAAAGACGACAGUCAAAAGUAUAUCAGUCUGCUACUGUUUAUGCCCGCGUAA